AUGUCAUAUAAUUUACCUAAAAGGUCUCCAUCCUCUACAAAUUCAACAAAACGACAAUUUGAUGAUGAUCAAACUUUUUUACCUCCUGCUUUAAGCUCUUUUAGUUUAGCAUUAUUAACUAAUACUGGUAAAACAACAAUUUCAACAACUGAUGAGUUAUUUAAAAAUAAUAAUAGUUUUAAAACUAAAUUAAUCAAUCAUUUUACUGAAUUAGAGGAAUUAAAAUUACCAAAAGAAUCAAAUUAUAAAAGAAUUAGAAAAAUGGGUAAAACUUUAGGUCCACCUAAAAGAGCUAAUGAUAAUAAUAAUAAUAAUAAUAGUAAUAUUAACACUGAUGAAAUACAUGAGGAAGAAAUUAUAAUAAAUGAAGAUGCAAUUAAAAAAAGAGUAGAUGAAAGAAAAAAUUUAGAUUCACCAUUUGAAUAUAAAGAAAGAACUCCACUCGUUGAACUUCCAAUUAAUGAAUUUCGGAAACCUAAAUUACCACCAAAAUCACCGUUAAAACCAACUUCUAGUUCAUCUUCAAACAGAACAAUCAUUAUCAAUGAUAAACAAUAUGAAAAAUUAGGUAUAAUUGGGAGAGGAGGAUCAUCAAAAGUUUAUCAAGUUAGACUUUUACAAAAUAAUAAAGAAUAUGCAUUGAAAAAAGUUUCACUCGAUCAAUUUGAAGAUGUAAAUGGAUUCAAAGGUGAAAUUGAUUUAUUAAUUAAGCUACGGAACUCCUCAAGAGUAGUUAAACUUAUAGAUCAUGCAAUUACCGAUAGUUCGAUUUAUUUAAUUAUGGAAAAAGGUGAAUUAGAUUUAGCUCAAGUUAUUCAAGCAAAAUUAAAUACUAAUAAUGAAUUAGAUUUAAAUUUUGUCAAAUAUCAUACUAUUGAAAUGUUAAACUGUAUUAAAGCUGUUCAUGAUGCAGGCAUUGUGCAUAGUGAUUUGAAACCUGCGAAUUUCUUAUUUGUUAAAGGGAUAUUAAAAAUAAUUGACUUUGGUAUUGCAAAUGCUGUUCCAGAUCAUACUGUUAAUGUAUAUAGAGAUUCACAAAUUGGAACACCAAAUUACAUGGCACCAGAAGCAUUAAUUACAAAAGGUACAACUUGGAAAGUUGGUAAACCAUCGGAUGUUUGGUCUUGUGGAUGUAUAUUAUAUCAAUUGAUUUAUGGCAAACCACCGUAUGCUUCAUAUAAUGGUCAACAAAGAAUAAUGGCAAUAAUGAAUCCUCAAAUUAAAAUUCAAUACCCAAAUCAAGGUUUAGGAGGUACUAAAGUACCAAUUUCAGCAAUUGAAUUAUUAAAAAAUUGUUUAGCAAGAGAUCCAAACGAUAGAUUUACAAUCGAACAAUGUUUAACAAGUGAUUUUUUAAAUCCUAAAAUCGUCAAUGAAUCAGUAAUUAGAGGAAUUGUUCAUCGGUCAGUAAACUAUGGAUAUACUCAAAGAGCUAAUGUAUUACCUAGUGAAGCUUAUGAUCAAAUAGUUAAAGAUGUACUACAGCAAUUAGAUAAAUUAAAUAUAUAA